AUGAUAUUUGCAAAUGGAUUCAAAUGUGCCAUAAUUGGUGAAGGACAUGCUGGUAAAUCCACUUUACUAGGCAGAUUUAUGGAGAGCGAGUCUAACAGAGAAAAAAAUUCAUUUCAAUGUCUCGGCUUUGGAGUAAAAGAUGUCUGCUUUGGUGGUAAUACAAUACAAUUGUUUAUAUAUGAAACAGUAAGUGAUGUAAAUUUGAGGCAUAUUAAUAGGCUAGUUUACUCUGAUGCAGCAGCUUUAAUUUUUAUGUACGACAUUACAAGGUCAUCCUCUCUAAAAGAUUUAAGUAAUUGGAUAAUUGAAACAACUAUGUAUGCUCCUGGUGUUAUUGCAUCAAUUUUAGUUGGAAAUAAAGCCGAUUUGGAAAGUGAAAGGCAGGUUUUAUAUGAGGAAGGCCAAAAAUUCGCAAAUGACCAUCAAAUGAUAUUUUUGGAAACAUCCGUCUUUAACGAGAAGAGCAUGGAGAAUAUUUUUAAGUUUAUUGCGAUUGAAAUAUUAGGAAAAAUAAGAAAUGGUCAGGAAUAUCAAGCAAAACUUUUAUAG